AUGUACACCUUUGACAUCCCUGUCAACAUCCAGCCAGCUUAUGGUGGUGCCUUGGUCGUUUUCCCCAUUGGCCCCUCGGAGGAUCCGGCAGCCACAGCCAGCCGGCUCUUCCCGGGCGACUUCCUCGGCAAGCUUCGUACCCGCCGCCCUUACCCCGUUUGGCAGUACCUGAUCCUGCAGGCGCUGCUCUCCCCCCUGGGGUCCUUCCGCCUGCCCAGGCAGGACUCAAAUGAAGCCGGUGAGAAACCCUACAAAUGUAAGGAAUGUGGGAAGGGUUUUAGUGCCUGUUCAUACCUUGUUCAACAUCAGAGAAUUCACAUUGUUGAGAAACCCUAUGAAUGUAAGGAAUGUGGGAAAGCUUUUAUAGUGUAUGGAAAACUUAUCCGGCAUCAGAGUACUCACACUGGUGAAAAACCUUUUGUAUGUAAGGAAUGUGGGAAGGCCUUUAGUACCUUUUCAUACCUUGUUCAACAUCAGCGAAUUCAUACUGGUGAGAAACCCUAUGAAUGUAAAGAAUGUGGGAAGGCCUUUAGUACUAGUUCACCCCUUGUUAAACAUCAGAGAAUUCAUACUGGGGUAAAGCCCCAUGAAUGUAAGGAAUGUGGGAAAGCCUUCAGUCGUGCUUCAUACCUUGUUCAACAUGAAAGACUUCAUACUGGCGAGAAACCCUAUGAGUGUAAGGAAUGUGGCAAGGCCUUUAGUACUGGCUCAUACCUUGUUCAGCAUCAGAGAAUUCAUACUGGUGAGAAACCCUAUGACUGUAAAGAAUGUGGCAAGGCCUUUAUUAGUCGCCAUCAACUUACUGUACAUCAAAGGGUUCACACUGGCGAGAAACCCUAUGAGUGUAAGGAAUGUGGCAGGGCCUUUAGAGUACACGUACAUCUUACCCAGCAUCAAAAAAUUCACAUUGAUGUGAAGCCCUAUGAAUGUAAGGAAUGUGGAAAGACUUUUAGUCGGGGCUCAUACCUUGUACAACAUGUGAGAAUUCAUACCGGCGAGAAGCCCUAUGAGUGUAAGGAAUGUGGAAAGGCCUUUAGUUCUGGCUCAUACCUUGUUCAACAUCAGAGAAUUCAUACUGGUGAGAAACCCUAUGAAUGUAACAAAUGUGGGAAAGCCUUUACUGUUUAUGGACAACUUAUUGGACAUCAGAGUGUUCAUACUGGUGAGAAGCCCUUUGAAUGUAAGGAAUGUGGGAAAGCCUUCAGACUUAAUUCAUUCCUUACUGAACAUCAGAGGGUACACACUGGCGAGAAACCCUUUAAAUGUAAAAAAUGUGGGAAGGCCUUUAGAUAUAGUUCAGCCCUUAAAGCACAUCAGAGAAAGCAUAUGGGUGUAAAAUCCUAAGAAUGUAAGGAAUGUGAGAAGUCCUCUAUGUAUGG